UUCACCAUACACAGCAGCACGAGCGGACAAGCCCCUCCCACCACCUCCACCGUCAUUCGACAUGGCGAGCUCGACCUCAAGCUCAGCGUGGAUUGACUCUGAAGAUUCGGAUCCAGGGCAUUCAGAACAUUCAGAGCUCACCUUUCAGUCUGCCGGUGCUCGCCCUCGUCGCCCUCCUCCCCCAGCAGCUCCUAAUUCAUCAUCCUCUUUUCGUUCUCCAGCUCUUACUCGCUCAGCUUCAGCAGGCGAACCUCUAUUUCGUUCUGAAGCCGCAGUAUCACCUUCUUUUGAACGUCCUUCAAAGUCUAUGGCUCUUCCCGACCCGGCCCAAUUCCCGAUUCCAUAUCCAUUCCAUCCACCAAACCAUCAUAUGCAUUCAUCUCCUCCUGGUCUUUCCUCUGCCGACUCAUCCUCUGCAUCGACCAGAUCGUCAGCCUAUACUAGUUUUGGCAGUGCACUGGCUUCCUCAGAUGACCCUCACGUUCACGUUGCAGGCUCGGAAUACGACGAAUCAACAAUGGGGCUCGGAAUAACCUCCGACUCUGUCGUUCAGCUACUCACUAAUGACCCGACGUCAUCUUCAGCUCACUGUUAUCCCUCUCGUACCCCCCUUGACCAGACGAGCUCGACAGGCUAUUCAGGCACUCGCUCCCGCUCUUCCUCGCUCGCAAAUACCAACGCCAACACCAUUCACGGACAGGAGCCAACUCAUAGACUUCGUAAUCAGCCGAGUUACGACAUGAGCUGGCAAAGAGUCGAUGAGCGAGACGAAGCCGGAAUCAGCGAAGAUGAAACCGAUGAGGAUCACCUUUUGAACGAUGAUGAGUAUGGAAUUGAAGAGGAACGGACGUCCGCUGCUGUGGUUGCUGAGGAGGGUCGUGGUCAGAUUGUACAGGGUCAUUCUUUGCCCGUUUCCCAAUUACAAGUUCAGCCUGGUACUACCCACUUGAUAGUUGGAUCUUCUUCGACGCCGAAUUCGAUGCCCUCUUUUUUAACCAACAUUAUACCACAAAUACAUGCAACGCUCCUUGCACUAGAUAUCUCAGCCAACUUCUUAGGAGCAAUACCCCCUGCUCUUGAGGCUUGCGUCCAGCUCGAAGAACUCAAUAUUGGAAGCAAUCCAUUACGCGUUCUUCCCUCCUUCCUCAGUAAACUGCAGAACCUGCGUGUGUUGAUGGCGGAUUCGACUGGUAUUACAACCCUUUCAGAAACUUUGGCGGAUUUAGACAAGCUCCACACAAUUAGCGUGCGGAAGAACAAGAUGCAUGCCCUUCCUAGCUGGUUGUGCCUACUUCCGGCACUCCAGGAGCUCUUUGUUGAUGGAAAUCCGUUUCAAGGUCCUUGGAAGGCGCUGGUCGAGCCUUUACUUGCCAAAGUUCCAACGACCCCUGUAUAUCCAUUAUCAACGCCUACCUUUCCUUUACCAUCCGCCACCACCCAUGCAUCAGACUCCGACUCCACCGAUAUUGAAGAGUUCUCCGAGCCGCCCAGUGCGCUGGCCGACGUCAAUCGUUUCAAUAUGGACGAAGACCAUACCAUCACUCCAGACAGAGCCCCUAUGCUCAGCCAUGACGGUACCUCUUCCCAAACCUCGCCUUCUCCCAACCCACAUCAAUCACGACCCCUGACGCGGAAUAGAACCACACCUAAUCGCGCAUUUUACAACCAGUCAAGGGGUAAAAGUGUAGUUGAAGGCGACCAAGAAGAUAUGAAAAGUCCGAAGCUUCCAACAGUGGACUCACCUCGUUCAACUGAUUCUGGUUACUUCGGGGAUCACGAAAUACGGAAAAUGAAGAGUGCUGGGGAUUUACGAAGGAAUCAGACCUCCAUCCCUGCUCCAGGUGACUCGCCAGUUCCCGCCUUAACACGUCCUCCUCUCAAACAAUCCGCAACUACCACGAACCCAACUCUUCCCGAUUCUGAUACACAAAGUUCCCCUCCGCGCCCCGCGCUGGGCAAGCGUUAUGCAAGUAUCGGGCCUUCGGGCAUCUUGGAAGAAUCGAGCAAAUCUUAUAAUCGUCCGGCUCUCACACAAUUAAUGUGGGAAAGCUCUCCCGAUGGCAACUCUUCAGCCGCUAAUUCACCGGACUCCAGUCGUUCGUCCUCGUACGCUCGUAGCGAGGCCACUACGCAAUCCCCGACACCCACGCCUAUUGAACCCGCCUACAGUGGUGAUCAUAAAGCAACCAUACGACCUCGGACCAAAGACGGCAAGGAGAAAACCAGAUGGGGCUUUUUGAAAAAGAUGUCUAUGGGGAAAAUGAAGCCUGACACUUCUCAAAGAGUUCCUUAUACUAGCCCUAUACCGCGCCCUCAGCGGCCCCCUGGAAGUGAUUCGCCCCAGAUUGACAUGCGUAUCUCGACAACCGGAGCCUUGUCCACUUUUACGCUGUCCGCGUCCAAUGAUAUACCCGUUCCCACCGUUGUUCAAUCUCCACCAGAUACUGAGGACGAAUAUGAGUCCAAUGAAGGGUCGAGAGUCAAUAUCUCUCCCCUCGCAUCCAACCAUUUCACAAAUAGCAAUUCUAUAUCGUCGACAUUGCUCCAUCCCCCUUCUCCAACGCCCCGGUCAGGAAAACGAAGGAGCUUCCUUCCUAUUGAGGGACAUUCUUUGAAUAUACCCAUUCCAGAGAACGCCGCCUUUGUUCCUGGAAUGACUGCGAUGAACGGUGAUGAUCAGCAGUCUUUUGAAAAUAGAGACAGAACACCCAGUCCUGCCAUCGAAACUGACCAGUAUCUGCGCCGGGAACAGGAACGAGUACGAGAAGCCUAUACCCGUGCAUUGCGGUCUGUCAUGGCCUAUCUGAGGGACAUGAACGACUUGAGCUUGUCACAGCAAGCAGCUCAAGUAGCGGUGUAUGGCAUUGCCGGCGAACCUAUAUUGUCGCACCGGCCGCGAGCUCUCACUACAACCAUGGAUGGACGGGAGUUGUCGUUGUCACUUGGUGAUACUUCAAGUUAUUUAAGGUCAUGUAACGAUCAAACUAUUGGGCGAGUGCGAAGUGGGACUUCGAGUCAAACGGUUAGUGUCGCGGCCAGUGACAGCUCCCAAUCAUCCGACGAUCGCAAGAUAAAAGAUGACAAGACCAAGAGGGCGAUGGUCGCGAAGGAGAUAUUGGUCACUGAACGGACCUUCGUGAAGGGACUACAACAGCUCAUAGAUAUCUAUGUCAAGCCCGCUUGCGCCAACGUCACUAUCUUAAGUGGCGUUAGCUCGAGCAAGGAGACUGUGGUUCCUGCUUCUGAGAGGAAGAUUGUAUUUGGUGGACUUGACGCAUUGUUCUCUUUCCACAAGGAAAGCUUCCUGCCGUCUCUCGAAGUUGCCUUGAAACCGUUGAUGGUACCCUCCUUUGAAAAAGAAGAUGCGGACGGACAAUUAUCACUAAGUGUGGCAAACGCUGUAGGCGACAUCUUUUUCAAGCAUGCCGCCUUCAUGAAGAUGUAUUCUAGUUACAUCAAUAAUUUCGAAAAUGCAGUUCAGAGGGUCAAGUACUGGACAUCUGAUCGACAUACUGCCCCCUCUUUGAGUCCAUCGCCAUCCAUGUCGCCGUCAUCUAGUACAGCGCAUCUCGUUGGUCUCGGGCUGUCUAUGUCAUCGAUCUCCAAUCCUGGUAUUAGUGGGGAUGGGGCCGCAGCUACAGGAGUUCCCAACUUAACUAGCAGCCAACGCAAGCGGAUACGAUCAUACUUAAAGCGGUGUCGAAUGCACCCUCAGCAUUCGCAGCUCAAUCUAGAAGGCUAUCUCCUCCUGCCUGUACAGCGUAUACCUCGGUACAAACUAUUGCUGGAAGAACUCCGAAGAAGCGCACCUCCGCCCUAUGGCUACAUGGAAGACCCGCUCGACCGUGCAUUGGCGGAAAUCUCGUCGCUCGCAAACAACAUGAACGAAGGAAAACGAGAAUCAGAAUCCCGCCGGAAGCUCGUCGUGUGGCAAUCUAGAAUCAGGGGGAAAUUUCCUAGUCCCCUGGUACAACCUCAUCGGCGCCUUAUCAUGGACGGGCCGUUGUUACUCACUAGGGUGGUUCGCAAAGCAAUCGUCACCUUCGAAAAUAUCAAUGCACAAGGGGAUGCAUCGACGGUUGACGUUGAUUGCCUUGCUCCAGAACUCACACCACGACCUCUGAUUGGUAUUCUUUGCAACGAUCUUCUAGUUUUGUGCAGAGACCCAUCGGAGGGGCGGGACCCUUCUUCUUACGUGGACCUAUGGGCCGUUUUGAGGAUGCAAACGCUCCCUCAGCCCGCCAGUAUCGUUCACGGCAACGCUCUACGUCUUGUUGAUAACAAAGCCAUACUAUAUUUCGAUGCACCGUCUGCCUUGGAUGCGCUCAAUUGGUAUCGGGCUAUCAACUUACACAUCCCCACGUCUAAAACCUAGUCAAGCUUUACUUCACGCUCUGCCCGAAAGGCACCAUUCCUUGUUACCCAUAUAGACUUGCUCCCUUUUUAUUCUUCGUCGUUCAUUGUGUCUCGGAAAAAUAUAUGUAAUAUGCUUCACGACGAUUGACAGCAUGAAGGUCAAAAAGCGAGUCUGGGACCACUAUCUAAGUAUCUCGUAGAACGC